UUUUAUAUAUUCGUUGAUAGUUACGAUGUUCAACAUGCAAGAAGAUAGUUUUAUAAUUUAGUUGAACAACAAAAUGACCACCAAAAACAUUGUGUUACUAUUAUACAUGUAUAAUGCUACUUAUCAAUUUGUGAUUAAUUUGUUAAAAGAAACACAUAAAUUUAAGUAUCCAUACUUUGCUGUGUUUAUAUAGAAUAAUAAAAAUAAGAAAAACCAAAGUGCACUAAAUGUUAUAUUUUUUAUCUUGUUUCAAUAAACAAACAUUCAUUGUUGAUGUAUGAACUAUAAUUAAAAAAAUUUUUUCUUUAUUUCAAGAAUUAUUGAGUUAUGAUGAUGACAAAAUCAUAGAGGACGUGACCUUGAAUAUAAAACCUGCUAGUUAAAAAAUUAGAGCAUCAUUUUUAAAAAUACAGAUCAUAAUGGAUCACUUAUCAUCACUAUCAGAUAAAACAAUUUCAUUAUUAUUUUUAAUUACAGUAUUAACUAAUGGACCAAUAAAAUUAUAUGGUCAAGUCAAUGGAGUUGAUUUAAUUUUCAAUAGUUUAGAUCUAAAAAAUUGUUUUUACAGUAAACGUAAUUCAAUGUACCAAGUGACAUGCAAUAAUCUUGGUAUGAGAAAAAUACCUGAUAAUCUUAAAAAUGAUAUCCAGGUAGGUUACUUUGACGGUAAUUAUCUUCGAACAUUACGAAAUGAUGCUUUUGAAAAAUAUCCAAAGUUAUCAUACAUAAGUCUUGAAAAAAGUGCAAUUCAAAAAAUUGAUUCUGGAGCAUUUUUACAUCAAGAUAAUUUGAUUGCACUUAAUUUGCAUGAAAAUUUGAUAGCUCAUUUGGAACCAAAUAUUUUUGAAAAUACAAAUUUACAAACGUUGUAUCUUGGAAUGAAUGAACUCUCUGAUGAAGAUUUUAAUAUAACUAUUGACUCAAAUAUAAAUUUUCUAGAUAUUAGCGAAAAUCACUUGACUAGAAUACCUAAUUUAAAACAUUUUUAUUAUUUAAAGUAUCUUAAUGUAUCGAAUAAUGCAAUUGUUAGUUUUGGGGUUGAUGAAAUUGCUAGUUUUUGUUAUCUGGAUGUACUUGAUGUUACAAGUGUUGAAUUAAAUUUAAAACAAGACCAUUGUUGUGAACUGAGUGAAUGGAUUUUACUGAAAAAAAUUAAAUUAUUUCCAACAAUUAAAUGCAACAAUUGCAAGAUAACUUCAGGAAAUUCUUAUAUUUCAAAUAAGACCUUGGAAAUAUUUGACGAAUGUAGGCAGGCAAUUAAAAUGAAACAUAAUGCAAUUAAAAUGAAAAAAAUCAUAACAUAUAUUGGCCUUGGUUUUAUUGCGAUUAUCAUCAUUGUUUUAAUUAUUUUUAUAUAUGGCAAAAAAAGAGUUUAUAAAAAAAGUGCUGAUUAUAAAAUUGAUGAGAGCCGUGAUUUUGAAGAACAUAAUAUUGAUGAUGUUGAUUCUCAAAGUACUAGUCAAUUUGAGACUAGACUCUAAGUUUUGUUUAUUAAGUUUAUCUGUUUUAGUUAUUAAUAAAGUAUUUAA